UUUACAUUCGUACCUCUUACCACAUUACGAAACCUUUAACCAAUCAAACGUUCCCCAGCCCAGCUAAAAGCCUGGCCCGCCAAGACCUACUGCCCCAUUUUGCCCGUCUUCGCUUUAGUCCUGACCUCACAUCCUCUUCCCCGUAUCCCAGGUGGCCAUUGGAGAGUGAUCUUCCCUAAAACUCCAAAGCUUCCCAACUUCCAUCUCCAUCACCAUCUCUCGUCUUGUCUCUCUCCCGUAUCUUUGCACCGCUUCAUUACCCUCUCUCAACACAUCUUCACAUUCCUUCUCUACGGGAUUCUGACGCACACAGCAUCACUGCAACCUUGUUCAAUCCUCUCAUUUACCCUCCUUUUGUUAGUCGCAAAAGUCCACGCAAUCACCACUGAAGAACGUAUCCGCUAUCAACUUUUGUCAACUGCCAAGCAGCUUAAGCUCUAAACAGUACUGGCCCUCGCCUCAAUCAUCAUCUAAACAUCUCAGCUAGCUUAGCAGCAUUGUUCGCACUCGACGUGCAACUUCGCACUUCCUAGGUAGCCCGACAUGGAGCAGCAACAGCCCGCUCCCCAGGCCGGGGGCGUCCCCGGACCUACUGGCCGUCGCCUUCAUAUCGCCCAUCGCAGGAGUCCUUCUGAGCUUACCCCUCUGAUGAGCAUGUUCACAAGUCCCGGGAUGGAGCAACUCGCUAUUCAGCAGCAGAUCGAGUUGUUGCAGCAGCAGCAGCAACAGAUACAAGCCACACAGCAACAAUACAUAAAUAUGGGAAUGAUGCCACCGGGCCAGUUGGGCCACGGUGGUUCUUUCAACCCUUUGCAGCCACCUAUGGCUAAUAUGUCGCCACAGACGGCUUUUCAGUUCCCCAACCAGCUUCCACAGCAGCAGAAUGUUCCCAUGGGUCCACCAAGUCAACCCAUGUCGCACCGUCGUAACCAAUCGGCCCUCCCCAACAUGGGAAUCGGACCCCCUCCGGCUCCUUCUGCCGGAGCUUCUGGGUCCACUUUUGGGCAAUUUGAUAACUCGUCUGGUCAGCAGAAUCGGGAGAACGCACCUCGUGGAGGGCGAGGUGGCGGCUCCGGUCACCAGCGAAGGCAUUCUUUAGCCCUGGCUGAUGCCAAAAAGGCAGCUGAGAUUGCUCAGCAGAAACGAACGACCUCUGGCUUUCAGUUCCCAGCUGCGGGACCCCCCGAAGGCUCCCCUGCCGAGGAAACUAGGUCCGUUACCGCGGAUACCCCCAUAGCACAGGGUUCAUCUACUCGCGGCGGACGCGGCGGACACGGACGAAGCCAAAGCAUGGCUGUCAAUAGCCGGGGAGGUGGUCGCGGUGGGGGUGCUCUGCACGUUCCUAACGACACCGGUGAUUUUGGCCGCCGUGGUAGUGCCUCGAGCGGCCAUGCACGAACUUCUUCGCGCAAUUUUGAGGGCAAUUGGCGUAACCAGCAAGGUCAAAACCAGGGUCAGGAUCAGGCUGGUCAGGGCCAACAGGGGUUUCAGCCUGGCCAUCGCCCUCGUGGUUCUGUGAGCCAGCAAUCUAUUUCCAACAUCGGGGCUUUCCAAUAUCCUGGCCAACCUCAACUUAUGCAAAUGCCCGGUCAGAUGCAAAUGAUGCAGAUGUACCCUGGCCAGCAACUUAACCCUAUGCAGAUUAACCAGCUCCAAGCCCUUCAAGCUGCGCAGAUGAAUGGACAGCAAUUUGUUGGUCUCCAGGGAAGCCAACAUGCACCACAACUGGGCGGUCAACAAUCCCAACAACAGCAACAACAGAGGAAGACCCUCUUCACCCCAUAUCUCCCUCAAGCUACUUUGCCGGCGUUGCUUGGUGAUGGACAACUCGUCUCCGGUAUUCUCCGAGUGAACAAGAAGAAUCGCAGUGACGCUUAUGUCUCUACUUCGGACGGUCUUUUAGAUGCAGAUAUCUUUAUCUGUGGUAGCAAAGACCGCAAUCGAGCCCUAGAAGGCGAUCUUGUCGCAGUUGAACUCCUUGACGUAGACGAGGUAUGGUCGCAGAAACGAGAAAAGGAGGAGAAGAAGAAGAGAAAGGAUAUCACCGACACAAGGUCUGGCUCGACAAACGGUAACGCUCAGUCAAAUUCUGCCAACUCAGAUGAGGCUGCCAACGGCGAAGGAGGGAUUCGCCGACGUGGCAGUCUUCGGCAGAGGCCUACACAGAAAAAGAACGAUGACGUAGAAGUGGAGGGGCAAAGUCUUCUUCUCGUCGAGGAAGAGGAAAUCAACGACGAAUCGAAACCACUUUAUGCUGGACACAUUGUAGCUGUUAUCGAGCGUGUUGCAGGUCAAAUGUUUUCAGGCACGCUUGGUUUGCUGCGUCCCAGCAGCCAAGCGACCAAGGAGAAGCAAGAGGCUGAACGAGCCGCCAGAGACGGCGGUCGAUCGCACGACAAUCGCCAGCAAGACAAACCUAAGAUUGUCUGGUUUAAGCCUACUGAUAAGCGUGUCCCUCUAAUUGCCAUCCCUACCGAACAGGCACCACGAGACUUUGUAGAGAAGCAUCAGGAAUACGCUGAUCGCAUAUUUGUUGCUUGUAUUAAACGUUGGCCUAUUACUUCUCUACAUCCUUUCGGUACGCUCGUUGAGCAGCUUGGUAAGAUGGGUGAUCUCAAAGUGGAGACUGAUGCUCUCCUACGCGACAAUAACUUCUCAUCCGAUGAAUUCUCGGAAGCUGUCUUGCGAAGUGUUGGCCUCCAAGAUUGGACCAUUGCUAAGGAAGAUGAGGCUUCUAUUGGGGCUCGACGGGAUUUCCGCGACGAAAAGACUUUCACCCUUGACCUUGCCGGCACUGGGGAACUUGGCAGUGCUGUCCACGUCAAAGCUGAAUCAGAUGGAAAGAUCGAGAUUGGUAUCCAUAUACCUGACGUCACUCAUUUUGUCAAGCCUAACUCUCUCGUCGAUCGUGAAGCUAAGAAGCGCGGUACUGCCGUUCAUCUUGUGAACCGAACCUGUGCCCUUCUUCCCCCUAGGAUCGCUGCGGAGCUUUGCACCCUUACUCCGGGUGAGGAUAGGCUUACUGUCAGUGUUGUCUUCCGCGUUAACCCUCACACCGGCGUGGUUGCGGAGGGUGACACUUGGAUUGGCAAGAGUAUUAUUAAGAGUGGUGCUACAUUGGCUCUAAAGGAACUAGAUGACGCCCUCGCGAAUCAGCCUGGCUUCGUACAUGAUGUCGUCCAAGUCAAGGAUGCCCAAAUUCUUAACGCCGUUGCACAGAAAUUCCGCGAGUCGCGCUUGGGAUCUGAGGGAGAGCCUAUGGCUCCUCUUCGACUCCUUCACCAACUUGACGAUGAAGAUAUACCUAUUCAACAUAACAUUUUCGACUCUACGCCGGGUACUGAGCUGGUCGAAGAGCUUUUGCACAAGGUCAAUGCGGCCGUCGCUCAAAAGCUUGCUCAAGGUCUCCCUGAGAAGGCUUUACUUCGGCGCCAAUCCCCGCCCAAUGCCCGACGCCUACAGACAUUUGUUGAACGCAUGCGGGCGCUUGGAUACGAUAUUGAUACUACUAGCAGCGGUACCUUGCAGAAUAGCCUCUUCAAGGUCGAUGACUCCGAUAUCCGCAAGGGUAUGGAAACACUAUUACUCAAAACCAUGCAUCAUGCCAAGUACUUUAUCACUGGCAAGGUUAACAAACAGCUUUGGCCUCAUUAUGCUCUGAAUCUACCUCUCUAUACUCACUUUACCGCACCUACGAGGCGCUAUGCCGACAUCAUCGUUCACCGUCAGCUUGAGGCCGUCCUCUCAGAAGGCAAGAUUGAAUAUAAUGACGAUAUUGAAAACCUUGUUAAGACGAUUGAAUCUUGUAACACCAAGAAGGAAUCGGCACAAAAUGCCCAGGAGCAAAGCAUUCACAUCGAGUCAUGCAGAAUCAUGGAUAAGAAACGCCAGGAGGUCAACGGCGAUCUUAUUAGCGAGGGAAUCGUGAUCUGCGUUUACGAAUCUGCUUUUGAUGUUCUAAUCCCCGAAUGGGGCUUCGAGAAGCGUGUGCACUGUGACCAGCUGCCGCUUAAGAAAGCCGAGUUCAGGAAGGAGAAGAGAAUUCUAGAGCUCUACUGGGAGAAGGGCGUUCCAAGCUCAGCAUACGUGCCUGAAGAUGAACGGCCCAAGGCGGGUGCAUCGCAGCGCAUCUCGAAUGCGAUGGCGGCUGCUAGGCAGGCAGAAGAGGCCGAGAGGGCCAAGAAGGAACGAGAGGAAGCUGCACGGAAGCAGACGGAGACAGGCACGGUGCCUGCGGAUGCUGCCGAAGCUCUAUUCAACGAUGAAGACGAGGACGACAACGCCUCUGAUGUUACCGAGGCUAUGGCGGGUGCUUCAUUAGCCCCGCGUCCGACUCAGAGUGUUCCAGGCUCACCGACCCGGUCCGCCUCGAAUCCUGGUGUCCUUCACCGAACCAGGUCCGACUCAAAGGUGCCCAUGGCAGAAGCCGUAGAAUCUCGCUUGACCAACAAGGAGAAGUAUCUCAAGCUAUUUGCAUUGAGAGAAGAAGGUGGCGAGUACAUCCAAGACGUGACAGAGAUGACCAGAGUGCCUGUGAUCCUUAAGACGGAUCUCAGCAAGAGCCCACCGUGCUUGACGAUACGUUCGCUUAACCCGUAUGCUCUAUGAGUCUUCCUCACAACGAUGUGUUUUGCUUGACGUGGACGGUUGGACGAAGCAACGGACUUUAGGAGCAUUGGAGCGAUUGGUAUGUUGCUUGAGUGAUGUAGAGUGAAGUAGCCAAGAAGAAAAUAGGGUAGAUUGUAAGGUGGCGACCGCGACCGAAACCCGAGAAGUGCAGCUCUUACUGUGUUAAUAAAAGUGUUUCAUGAAGAGGCAGAUAGAACUAGGAAACUGCCACAGUCAACAGAAAUAUACGAGAUCGUACUAUGAAUAAAAUCGCUAUCAAGAAGAUCUAACCCUUCCCAAUAUCUGAUUAUAUACGAUGUAUUAUUAGGUAGGUGAGU